AUGACAUUGGCCGGCUUCGUGGUGGCGCUGGUGAUAGGGACGCUUGCCCGGAGCCCGCGGCCGGGCAAGUCUCCGCCGGCCUCCCGGCCCGCCCGCCCCCCGCAGCCCCCCGCCGGCUGCCCCGCCGGGGCUUCCCCGCGCCCAGCGCCCCUGGCGACCGCGGCGGCCGCGCUGCCGCGCGGGGGGCGGCCGGGCGCCGCGGGGACGCCGCAGCUCCUGCGCCCUCCCGCCAGGCGCCGGCUGAGCCCGGGCCGGGGGCCGCCCGGCUGCGAGCAAGGGUCAGUGAGACUCCGGGGUGGCAAGAAUGAGUUUGAAGGUACAGUGGAAGUUUAUUUGAAUGGAAUCUGGGGAACAAUCUGUGGGAGCCAUUGGGACAAUAAUGAUGCAACAGUUGUAUGUCGACAGCUUGCACUUGGUGAGAAAGGUACAGCGAAACACAUACCAUUUUCUGGACUGGGCCUUAUUCCUGUUUUCUGGAGUGAAGUGCGUUGUCGUGGUGAUGAAGACAAUAUACUGUUAUGUGAAAAAGACACCUGGCAGGAUGGAACAUGUCCUCAAAAAAUGGCAGCUGCUGUCACAUGUAGCUCCUCCCUGGCCCCCGUGUUUACUCCGAUCCGGCUGGCUGGAGGGAACAACGCCCACGAAGGAAGAGUAGAAGUCUACCACGGUGGCCAGUGGGGGACAGUCUGUGAUGAUCAGUGGGAUGACGCAGAUGCUGAAGUUGUCUGCCGGCAGCUUGGCCUCGGGGGUGUUGCCAAGGCCUGGGGCCAGGCUUACUUCGGAGAAGGCUCCGGCCCCGUGCUGCUGGAUGAAGUGCAGUGCACGGGAAAUGAACUGUCCAUAGAGCAGUGUCCAAAAAGCUCCUGGCGAGAACACAACUGUGCCCACAAAGAAGACGCCGGCGUUUCCUGCACGCCUCUCACAGAUGGUGCACUAAGACUCACAAGUGGGAAAGGCAGUCACGAGGGACGCCUGGAGGUCUAUCACAGUGGGCAGUGGGGCACCGUCUGCGAUGAUGGGUGGACAGAGCUGAACACGCAGGUGGUUUGCCGGCAGCUGGGAUUUAAGUAUGGCAAAAGUGCAGGUCUGGAAAAAGAGAGCUCCUCAGAAGGGAGCUCUGGGCCCAUCUGGCUGGAUGAUGUCAGCUGCUCCGGGAAGGAGACAAACCUUCUGCAGUGUUCACGGGGGCAGUGGGGAAAGCACGACUGCAACCAUCAGGAGGAUGUCAGGCUCAUCUGCCAUCCAGAUAACGACAGCCACAAGCUCUCACUUGGUCCUCCCAUCAGGCUGAUGGAUGGUGAGAAUAAGAAGGAAGGACGUGUGGAGAUUUUUAUCAAUGGCCAGUGGGGCACGAUUUGUGAUGAUGGAUGGUCUGAUAAGGAUGCAGCUGUAGUCUGCCGACAGCUUGGCUACAAAGGUGCAGCUAGAGCAAGGACAAUGGCCUAUUUUGGUGAGGGCAAAGGCCCCAUCCAUGUGGAUAACGUGAAGUGUACAGGCAAUGAGAGAUCCCUGGCAGACUGCAUCAAGCAGGACAUUGGGACGCACAACUGCCGGCACAGUGAGGACGCGGGUGUGAUCUGUGACCACCUCAGCAAGAAGGCCCCUGGCAACAGCAAUAAAGAUUCUCUUGCCUCUGUUUGUGGACUGAGGUUACUACAUCGCCGACAAAAGCGAAUAAUUGGUGGGAAAAAUUCUUUACGGGGCGGCUGGCCGUGGCAGGUGGCACUGCGACUGAAAUCCUCUCACGGUGAUGGGAGACUCCUGUGUGGGGCUACUCUGAUCAGCAGCUGCUGGGUGCUCACUGCUGCACACUGCUUCAAAAGGUAUGGCAACAACACUCGGAAUUACGCUGUGCGAGUCGGAGACUAUCACACCCUGGUACCAGAGGAGUACGAGGAAGAAAUUGGAGUGCAACAGAUUGUGAUGCAUAAAGAGUACAGGCCUGACAGCAGCGACUACGACAUUGCCUUGGUGAGGCUACAGGGCCCAGAGGAACAGUGUGCCAGGUUCAGCACCCACGUCUUACCUGCCUGUUUGCCAUUAAGGAGAGAGAGACCACAGAAAACUGCUCCCAACUGUUAUAUCACUGGAUGGGGGGACACAGGACGGGCUUAUUCAAGAACACUACAACAGGCUGCCAUCCCCUUACUUCCCAAGAGGGUAUGUGAAGAGCGCUACAAAAGAAGAUUCACGGGAAGAAUGCUCUGUGCUGGAAAUGUCCAGGAACAGAAACGUGUUGACAGCUGUCAGGGAGACAGUGGUGGACCACUGAUGUGUGAACGUCCAGGGGAAAGCUGGGUUGUGUAUGGUGUGACCUCCUGGGGCUACGGCUGUGGGGUCAAAGAUUCCCCAGGUGUCUACACAAAAGUAUCCUCUUUUGUGCCCUGGAUAAAAAGUGUGACCAAACUAUGAAUGUCUGGAAUGAAA